AUGGACGCAGCGCUACCAGAGGAAAUAAUCCGUGAAAUUCUAUCGCACAACAUACAGAUAUCACACGUCGAUUUUUGCCACUUCUACUACGACGACUGGGGGCACCCCAUGUCGCCGCCAACAUCUCGCUGCAGCAGUCUCCUCCUCGUCUCCAAACGCUGGCUCCGUAUCGGCACCCCACUGUUGUACGAAUGUGUCCGGCUCUCGGAGCCAGACCACACCACUGCGGUUUCAAGCCUUUUGCGCACGCAUCCGCAUGUUGGCCUAGCCGUGCGAUGUCUCAGGCUCGAAGGCGGGCUCGGGAAGGACCUGGUACACAUCGCAAAGCUUAGUCCGAAACUGCACAGCAUAUAUCUCAGUCUUAUUAUCAAAUCCACCGACAGUAUUACAGGAUUGAAGGAGGCAUUUCCGCUUUUUCGUCCGGCCAACUUGUAUAUCCAAGGGGAGAGCUACGUGUGGAUCAGGAACUUGAAGGUUGUUGGAGCCAGGACACUCCUGUGUACCCACAUCAAAGAUGUGUGGACAUCGCUGCGGUCGCUCACCUUGUCAGACCGGUCUGAAGAUAUCAUGGAUCAAGAGCUGGCCGACGCGCUUGCCGAGUCCUCUAUUGAGGAAUUCGGCUGCGUGGCAUUCGAGGCCGAACGCUGGGUCAUUGAGGGAUUGAUGAGGAGGAUUCUCGAAAACUCGCGGCUGCAGCGCGUCGUGUGCCGAGGGAUGGCGUAUGAAUCGAGUAUGCGGGUGAGCCUGCAAAAAAGAGGCUUUUCUGAUGCAAUCAUCCGGACAUUCACAUUUAUCCACCAUGAGACGGAUGUCACGUUGUGA